AUGGCGGUCAUCGAUGUGGCGGCGCAGCCUGGCCUCCCCUCACGCUAUAGAGUUGUACCAGGCUCUUGCGAUAUCCCGAUCGGUGUUCUGCCCAAGACAAGUACAACCGCGCCCGAAAAACCGGAGAACAUCGCUAGCAGCCUGAUCGAGAAGGUCAACAGCAGCAUUGCGAAGAAGGAUGCUGCGGCCCUUGCGUCGUUAUUUAUUGAUAACAGUUACUGGCGUGAUCAUCUCUGUCUCUCGUGGGAAUUCCGGACUCUUAAGGGAGCCCAAGCUCUCUCGAAGUUUGUUGUUGAGAGUCCCUCGGAGGCCAAGCUUGAGCUUGAUCACUCCUCGCCAUUUAGGGCACCGCAUAAUGGUCCCAUUGAUGCCCUUGGUGAGGUCAACGGAAUCGAGUUCUUUAUUAAGGUCACCACUGCGUUUGGGAAUGGCAGGGGCCUUGUACGGCUUGCCCAAGUGGGGGAGGAAUGGAAGAUAUUCACCGUCUUUACAACCCUUCACGAGAUGACCAGCCAUGAGGAAUUGGUCAAUGGCCGCAGACCUGUUGGUGUGCAGCAUGGAGCACACCAGGGUCGAACGAACUGGCAGGACCGACGCACUGCGGAUGAGAAUUAUGAAGGCAAAGAUCCUGCCGUCCUCAUCGUGGGUGCCGGCCAAGGAGGUCUAACUGCAGCUGCACGUCUGAAGAUGCUAAAUGUUGACACCCUGAUCAUUGACCAAGAAGACCGAAUCGGAGAUAGCUGGCGUCGCCGCUACCACCAACUAGUCCUACACGACCCAGUGUGGUACGAUCACAUGCCAUACCUCCCCUUUCCACCCAACUGGCCCAUCUUCACGCCCAAGGAUAAGCUAGCCGAGUUCUUCGAAUCCUACGUCAAAUUACUCGAACUCAAUGUAUGGGUUCGCACCGAGCUGAAGUCUUCAUCCUGGGAUGAGAAAGCGAAGCAAUGGACUGUUGUUCUACAGCGCACGAAAGCAGAUGGCUCGACUGAGACACGCACUUUCCACCCACGCCAUGUAAUUCAGGCCACUGGACACUCCGGAAAAAAGAACCUACCCACCUUCAAGGGUAUGGAGAAUUUCCAGGGUGAUCAGAUCUGCCACAGUUCCGAGUUUCCUGGUGCGAGGGAGGGACAAAAAGGCAAGAAGGCUAUUGUUGUUGGAUCUUGUAAUUCUGGUCAUGAUAUUGCUCAAGACUACUACGAGAAGGGAUACCAUGUUACCAUGGUGCAGCGGAGUUCGACGUGUGUGGUCUCGUCGAAUUCUAUCACCGAGAUAGCCCUCAAGGGCCUUUAUGAUGAAGCGGCUCCGCCUACUGAGGAUGCCGAUACUUACUUGAUGAGUCUGCCGCUCGAGAUGUUCAAGUUGCAGCAGACGAAGGUCACGAAAGCCGUGAAUCAGAACGAUGCAAAGACACUUGAAGGGUUGGCCAAGGCGGGAUUCCAGGUUGAUCGUGGUCCCAUGGAGGCGGGGCUUUUGUUGAAGUACUUCCAGCGUGGAGGUGGUUAUUAUAUUGAUGUCGGAGGGAGUCAGUUGAUUGUCGAUGGGAAGGUGAAGGUCAAGCAGGGACAGGAGAUUAGUGAGAUUCUGGCAAAUGGAAUCCGAUUCGCGGAUGGAUCGGAGCUGGAAGCCGAUGAGAUCGUCUUUGCGACCGGAUACCAGAACAUGAGAACGCAGGCACGCAUCAUCUUUGGUGAUGAGGUCGCGGACCGCGUUGGCGAUGUGUGGGGGCUGAACGCGGAGGGUGAGUUCCGGACCAUCUGGCAACGCAGCGGCCACCCUGGAUUCUGGUUUAUGGGUGGAAACUUGUCACUGUGCAGAUAUUACUCGCGUCUUCUGGCGCUGCAGAUUAAAGCUCUGGAAGAGGGUAUUGCUACGUAUUAA